UUUAGAGGUGAGAGAUAAAAGAUAGUCCUGAUUCUCAGUUCUGUUUUCCAUCUAGUGAAAAGCUCACUAUACUUUUGAAUAAAAUAUAUUUUAAUAUUUGAACUUAGCUGUUUCAAUGAAAGGGGGAAGCUUGUAUAAUGGAGACAGCAUUGGUCUAGGAGUUAUGAGAUCUGGGUUUUCAAGUCACAGUCUAAUUAUCUGUGCUACCCUGGGUAAAUGGAUUGACAUAGCUAAUCUUCAUGUGCCUUACCUGUAAACAGAGAGCAGACUAGAGGAUUUCCUUCUUCCCUCCUCAUCUGGAAUUCUGUGGCUCUAAUUUAAUACAAUAAACAUAAUUGUCCUAAGACUAGAUCUCAUUACCACACACUUUUCAAACCGUGAUUACCUCCUUACAGGUUUCUCACCUCAAAUCUCUACCUUUUCUCCUCUCCAUCUCUCAUAUCACUACCAGAAUAAUUUUUCUUAAAGACAGACCUGAUCAGCUAUUCACCUGAUCAAAAUUUACAUUCCCUAUUACCUAUGGAGUAAAGUUUAAACUAAUUUGCCUGCCACUGAAGACCUUGCCUUAUCUUAUUAGGCCCCUCCAUUAGCUCUCUGCUUCAUUCUCUGGAGGAUUCCCAUUGUGCUCUGUGUUUGGGCUAUUCAAGAUGACUGUAGCCUGUUGAAUUACCUAUUUUUUAAAGUGUUACUCAAAUAUCACCUCCUCUAAGAUUCCUUCUCAGUGUCCCACUAACUUAAUAAGGACCUCCAUUCCUCAGUCCACAUAGCAUUUUGUCUUUUAACUCUUUAAUGAACUCACCACAUAAUGUUCAAUAUUAUAUCUAUUUACAUCAUCUUUUUUACUAAACCAUAAGCUGCUCCACGGCAGGGGCAGCAGCUUAUCUACACUUGCAUCUUUAUUUCUCCAGGUUUUAGAAAGCUCUCUUCACACAAUAGAAGCUCAACAAAUACUGGAUUUGUGUUGAGUAGAAGAGCAUAUCAUUUAUUGUCUCUGUUAACCAUGCCUAGGGGGAAACCUGGCAGCCCCAGACAGUCUCUUGAUCCUAACUGCUGGCAAGAAGUCCAGGAGGAAAUGAAUAGCUUUUUAGGAUCAGCUCUACAAAAGCCAAAUCCAUAAAAUGUGGGGUAAACAUUACACACAUCCAAUCUCUUUUAGGCCCAUUUCCUCUAAUCUUUGGUUAAAUUUAAAAUUGGAACCUUUCAGCUAAAAUUUUAGAAAGGGUCCCACUUUGUAUCUUCUUUUCACUCCAUAAUAAACCAGGCUUCAGCAGCCAGUCCCUUUCUCUCCCUCCAAAGCAAAAGGGAUGUGGGGGUGGGGGUGGGGGUGAGGAAGAGGGGGAGCCCGCGGGGAAGGGAGUAGCUGUGAUAAUACUUUGAUCCUUUGCCUCCCCUUGCCCUCAUGCCAGACAUUCAUUCUAGACACUACUACCGCCUCCCUGAAGAGAGGUGGGCAUGCUCAGUCACUUAGGCAAAUUUCCUUUGAAAAGCAAAGUUCAACAUCACAGAGCUGAGAGCUCCUAGCUGGGACAAAAGGAGGCCCCAGGCAGGGGUUUGGAAGCAAUACCUUGUCUCCUUUUUUCUGUAAAUUCAAAACUACAAAAAGUCAAAAGAUGUCAUUGUUACCUGACCACAAGCCCUGGAAGAAGUCGUUGAAGGCAGAGCAGCACCACGCAAAGUGCUGUGCAAAUACUUUCUCGAUGAGUGGGAGAAGCAUGUUUUACUAACAUUCUUUUUCUGCUUCCCCCCCCGCCAAAGUCCCAAAGUGAUUUGUUAAGAACCUAAAGAUCACAGGAAGGUUUUACUCUGCUAACAGAAAGUCAGAUAUCAACGAAGGACCAAGAGAUGAAUCCUCUGCUCCCUUUGCCGUCCGGAAACCCCGAUGGUGUCUAGAGUACAGAGGAUAAACGAGCCACUUUAAAAUUAAGGGGGUGGGAGAGUGGGGAUUCCGGGAGAGAAAAUCCGUUCUACUGACUGGUAGUCUCAAAUACUCCCCUCCCCACACCCGGGUCUCUAAGAUCACCCCCACCCCCCCGCCCCCAGCUUUUCCAUUUCAUCCAAUAAACGUAGGUUACUGCGGCAAGCUUUCUAAAACCAGAGACUCUUGAAAUGCAGGCGGUUGUUUGGGGAUGGUGAGGGUACCGUGACAGAUUAGGAUAUAAAAGCACAUGAGUUCAAUUUGUCAAUUGUCAAGGAGGUCUUCUUCUUGCCCUGAACUACGAGAGAGUCCACGGGAGACUGGAAGAACGAGUCACUGACCGAGAGGGGGAGCCCAGCAGUACCAGCUGCUGGAGGGAGCUUGGAUCCCGGAGCAGCGGCGAGCGUCAGCGGAUUAGGAAAGGGGGGUUGGGAAGCGGGGUAGAGUGAGGAGGGAGGGAGGGAGGGGAAAGCGGCUGGGGGGUCCUGAGUCCGGCUGGGUGCUGACGCAGAGAAACUUUCUCAGCCGCCGAUGAGGAAGCCCAGGCUGAAGUAGAAUCUUGGAGCUUUGGAAGAACUACUCUACAAUCUAGGGUGACCCCUUCGCGUUUGGCCGGACUACCGGACAUUACUUUGUAAGUCACAUGUGAUAUUAUAUGAAAAAUACAAGAGAGAACCACACUGGGAAAAUGCUGCUAUCAAAUGUGAUAUAAUCUAUGUAACAUCUAGUAUCUCAUAGCCAGUUGAAUUGAGCAUACUCAGGGUAAAGUGCAGCAAAAUCAAAAAUUUAUUUGGCUGUGCCUCAUCAUCAUGAACCGUGCUUUUAGCAGAAAGAAAGAUAAAACAUGGAUGCAUACUCCUGAGGCUUUAUCAAAACACUAUAUUCCCUAUAAUGCAAAGUUUCUUGGCAGUACGGAAGUGGAGCAGCCCAAAGGGACCGAAGUCGUGAGAGAUGCGGUUAGAAAAUUAAAGUUUGCGAGACAUAUCAAGAAAUCUGAAGGCCAGAAAACUCCUAAAGUUGAAUUACAAAUAUCAAUUUAUGGUGUAAAAAUUCUAGAACCAAAAACAAAGGUAAAUAGAAAUCAGCUUCUGGGAAGGCAGAACGAGACUUCUCCUGCCUUCUCCUUGCACCAGGAAGUCCAGCACAAUUGCCAACUUCAUAGGAUAUCAUUUUGUGCAGAUGAUAAAACUGACAAGAGGAUAUUUACUUUCAUAUGCAAAGAUUCUGAAUCAAAUAAGCAUUUGUGCUAUGUAUUUGACAGCGAAAAGUGUGCUGAAGAGAUAACUUUAACGAUUGGUCAAGCCUUCGAUCUGGCCUACAGGAAAUUUCUAGAAUCUGGAGGAAAAGAUGUUGAAACAAGAAAACAGAUUGCAGGGUUGCAGAAAAGAAACUUAGUGUUCUCAUGUGACUUUGCUUCACUUCCUGAUGCUUCUCAUGGGGAUCAGAGCAGCAGAAGGAGCAGAUGCUGGAUACAAGAACUAGAAACUGAGAAUACAGAACUCAGAAAUAAAGUUCAGGAUUUGGAAAAUCAGCUAAGAAUAACUCAGAUAUCAGUGUCUCCAGCAGCCAGUAUGGCACCUAAAUCACCUUCCACUGACAUCUUCGAUAUGGUUCCUUUUUCUCCCAUAACUCCUCAGUCAUCAACACCUACUCGCAAUGGUACACAGCCUCCUCCAGUACCCAGUCGUUCUAUAGAGAUAAAACGAGACCUUUUUGGAGCAGAACCUUUUGACCCUUUUAACUGUGGAGCAGGUGACUUCCCUCCAGACAUUCAAUCAAAACUAGAUGAAAUGCAGCGCCAGAGAUGGAGGGGUUCAAAAUGGGACUAACUCUUGAAGGCACGGUAUUUUGUCUCGAUCCAUUAGAUAGUAGGUGCUGAUGCCAAGAACAAGAGAUCCUGACUCUUGUAUGACAUUUCUUUUUAUCAUUGUUAUUAUAAUGUGUAAUACAAGUAUUAUCCAUGUGCCAAAAAAUUUGUUUUUAGACAUGUUAACUUCUGUGAGAUAAGCUUCAGUGAGACAUCAACACAGAUUCAAUGUUGACCUGUAAAAUUGUAAAAAGCCACAUCUGCAUGUGAGCUAUUCAUUAAGUUACACCCUUUUGUUCCUUUCUACUUCUGUUGGAGAUAAAUUUAUAUUACUAAAGAAGAGAGAGUCUCCUAAUUCUUCUCCUAUUUCUGGGUUAUAAGUUAGUACCUUUGGAAGCUACAUUACCCUUUCUCAGUCCAUUAGGAUAUUACUGAAUUCUACUCAACUGUAACUUAAUAAUUUUUUCCUAGUAGUUUGGAAAAAAAAAAGGAAGAAAGAAGGACUCUAACUGAAAACUCAGGACUAAUCUAGGCACUUGAAAAGUCUGGCCCUGACUGCGUCUAAAAUGAUACAUGUGCUAGCCACUUCAGUGAGAGACAGCAAAUUAGUUAUUUGGUGGUAUGAGAGCCCAAAAGAAGUGGUUUGGAUUUUCAGUUAGCUUUGAUGAUAUCAUAUAGUUAUAACCAAUUAUUUUACCUAUUAAACCUAUGAAAUUUUCAUAAAUCAUGAGCCUUGUAUUAUCAUUGUGUCUAUUAGUUGCUUUUCAUAUCACUGGAGAAUUUUAUACUUUGAAAAUAAUGACCUCAGGUCACUAACUUUCAGACUGGUGAAAUGAUUAGUGAAUAUAAAUUAAAAGGAUAAUAAAAUUGAAUGUACUUAGAAUAUAUAGUAGCAAACAUAGAUGCCAGGUAACUCCAAUUAUUAUAUUCAAUUGUUUACUGUGUUUCUUUUUCAUCAAGAUUUGAAUCAACAUCUAAGAAAAUAGAGAAAAUCACUUUAAAAUACCAUCUUAUUUCAAAUGAGAACAGUUACAUAACAAAGCAUAUAUACCUUUCUAAUUUGAUAAUACAGAGAAAAUAUAUUUGAACAUAGAUUCUGCAUAUAUUUACAACACAUUGUAUGAAUAUUUACUUUAUGAAGCAUUUUUCUCCCCCAAAGUAGUCUGUCUCUUACUGGAAUAUCUUCACUUGGCAUUGCAUUUGGUGCCUAGCACAAUGCUUUGCACAUCACAGGCAUUUUUAGAAGUAUUUGUUGAAUUGAAAUGAAUCUCAGAUGCUUAAUUUGAGAUGCCACAAUUAGUAUUGGUAUUUUAACAUCUAUGACAACCAUUCUGUAUGAAUAAGUAAUCAUUGUUAGCGAUAUGAUGUGACCAAAUUCUACUUUAACCUGAUUUUCCUAAAGUACAAGUCAUUAUGUAUACUCAUAUAAAUUAAGUUUCUGCUAGGUCAGAGCAUAACUGACUUGGCUGCUUAUAUUCCAUUAAUCAUUAACAUGAGUAAUAAACAUUUUAUUUAAUUUCAUUCAUGAUUCAGUUAUGACCUUGUUCAUUAAAAAAAUUUUUUUGUUAUACACCUUUACAUAUGCUUAAAAUGUAUAGUAACUAUAAUAAAGUAAUACCCUAAAAAUAAAUCUUAUUAGAUUUCCCCUAAUACCACUUUACUAAAAAAAAUAACUUAAAGGUUUCAUGAUUUAGAAAUAGAUGGGGGUGGGAUGGAAGUCUUCCCCCCAAAAAAGAAGUUUUCUUUUUGGAUUCAUGAACAUUUGCUUUUGUUCCGUAUCCUAGAUUAAAUUUAACCUGGGGUGUUCAUGCAACAUCACAUUUGAGUUUUUUAAAGUUUGAAGGUGUAUAUGAGUGUUCCUCUUUUCUAUUUUAUGUUCAGAUGUAUCACUAAUUCCAGAGUAGUAUAUGUUUCAUAAAAAGAAGUCUUUAUAAUUUUGUCUGUCAUAUAGUUUUUGGAAUUUGUAUAAUGAGGAUGUUUAGUAGCCAUAUCUCAAUGGCUUUUUUAACAGAUAGAAUUUGUAUUUUUAUUGUAUUUUAAAAGGCUUUAUGUAAUAGGCAUAUAUUUAGUGGCCAUUUACUAUCAAUGGUAACACAAGAUAUUUGCACACUUAAAGAACUUUUUCUUUAUUGAUUUUCUAACGGUAAUCAGGUAUGGAAAUGGCAUGAUUAAUAAUACGUAACUGGUCAUUCAGUUCAAAAAUGCUUAAUUUAGCAGUGCAUUUUUAAUGAAAGAUUUGGUUGAAAACUGUAUAUCUUUGUAAUCUCAAUGGUAUGUUUGAUUUUGCUGCAAAUAAAUGUUUUUAAGUAAA